AUGCGGCCCGGUACAUGGUUUGGGUGGCACAGCAGCACAUAUGAAUCGAUCCACGACGAUUCGGUGUACACCGACAAGGAAGAGAAGAUCCAACCAUGUCAAGACGGCGACGCGCUUCUCGAAGUCGACAGGGCCCUUGAAAGUUGGCUCAUAUACUGGACGCGCAGGCGCAAGCUAGGCGGUCUAGCGACGCCCUGGCUUCUGGCCGUCCUUCUGGCAGUACUGUUAGUAAUUUGCCUGACGGCACACGAUACAGUGGCUUCGCACCUCAAUCUGCAGAGGGGAUCGAGCUACGGACGGGUUUAUUCGGACCAUCGCGUACAAUGGCAAGCCAAAUAUGAAAAGGCUCAAGACUGGCAUACCCUCGUCAACGCACCGACGGAUUGUGUGACUUAUCUGGAGCGCAACCGACCGUAUAUCACUCGAGACGUUAGGCCUUCCUCGCCACCGCCGCACAGAGGCGCAACACAAGCCUUCAUGAUGCGGAUGUCACAUUCCGCUUUCAACGAGCCCAUGCAACAGGACCGACUGAUGAGCUAUCGGGCGCUCGUUGCAGAGGCAGAGACCGUUGCUGGCGUCGAUGUCUUCUUUGUGCCUCAUAUUCCGCCCGACGUCAAUACGACCGAAUUCCUCAACAGCGUCUCGUCAGAGUUCCGAUCUCGCGUCAUCCCAUUCUCAUUUGAGACAGCGAUUGCACCAUAUCCCAACAUAGAUUGGCGCAACGUCAUGUGGUCCAACCACAUUGCGGUGAACUACUUUCUAGACCUCGAGCAAUCGCAGCAGUACGAUCAAGUAUGGUGGGCCGAGGAAGACACUAGGCUCCUCGGCACAUGGCAAGAUUUCUUUGCUAAGGUGAACAGCAGUCUGGCCGUCUCGCGAUGGCAGAGCUGGGUUCCAAGGGAGGAUACCCUCAAGCCACCGAACCUGAUGCUCUUCAUGGGCGAAGACAACGACCUGUUGUGCGGCGGUUGGGUGUCUCCACGUGCAGAGGAUUGCCUCGGCUUUGUUGAUGCUAGCGUCAUGUCGAAAGCCUGGAUUACGCUUGGGUAUGCAGACUUCUCUACUCGCCAACUGCAUGAGGCAUUCAAGACGCUGUAUCAGGCAGGUCAUAGCUGCUAUACAGAGUACUUCAUACCCACAGCCGCACGAUAUGCUAACCUCAGCACCAUCAGUCUCAGCAUGCCGAUCUACAAGCAUGCGGGCUCAGCAGGCACCACGUUCGACUGGGCUGGCGUAACAGCUCACGAAUUUUAUCGCGAAUGGCGAGAAAAUUUGGACAUGUGCGCGCCUACCCCGAUGUUAUUGCACAAGUGGAAAGAAUGA